AUAAUCAUCCCAUUUUGAAGAAGGGCUCAAUUCAUUCUCAUGUACAAGACAACAUGGAAACAAAGAGAGAGAAAGAGAGAGAGACUUAAAAAUGGUCUUUCCUAAAUAUUUGUGUCUUUCCUUUGUAUUACAUUUCUUGGCUGGCAUGAGAAGCAAAGAGAGAGUAGGAGAAUAUUAGAGAGAUAAUGAAGAAAAUGUUUCUCCCAAAUAUGCUAUGAUGUGCAUUUACAGUUACUUUUAGUGGUCCAAAAGAGAGAACAAGAAAUCUCUUUAGAAAGAGAGUGAGAAAUGGAAGCAAAAGAAGAAGAAGAAGCAAAGGCCAUGCAAAGAGGGCAAGCAGACAUAUGGAAAUACAUGUUCAGCUUCGUAGAUUCAAUGGCUUUAAGAUGUGCUGUGGAACUAUGCAUAGCUGAUAUCAUACACUCUCAUGGCGGUCCAAUCACUUUGUCUCAGAUUGUUUCUAACAUUCCUGAUUCCACAUCUCCUGAUAUCAACUGCCUUGCACGCAUCAUGAGGCUAUUGGUUCGCAGAAACAUAUUCACCGCACAACAUGAUCAGUCAGACGGCGGAGAAACUCUCUACGGUCUGACCCACUCUUCCAAAUGGAUACUACAUGACUCGGACUUAACUCUGGCUCCGAUGUUUGUAUUGGAGACCCAUCCAUGGCUAAUGUCUCCAUGGCAUUGUUUUAGUCAAUGCGUUAAAGAAGGUGGCAUUGCCUUCAAGAAAGCCCAUGGCCGUGAGAUUUGGGACUUUGGGUCUCGAAAUUCAGAAUUUAACAAAUUGUUCAACGAUGGGAUGGAAUGUAUAUCCAGGAUCUUGAUGAGGACGAUUGUCUCGGAAUAUAAAGAUGGGUUCAACCAUGUGGGAUCAUUGGUGGAUGUCGGUGGUGGGACCGGUGCGACAAUUUCUGAGAUCGUGAAAUCGUAUCCGCACAUCAAAGGGAUCAACUUUGAUUUGCCACAUGUCACUGUCACAGCUCCCUCCUACCCUGGUGUUUCCCAUGUUGGAGGUGAUAUGUUUCAGGGUGUUCCUAGUGGUGAUGCGCUUUUCUUGAAGUUGAUAAUGCAUGAUUGGAGCGACGAAGAUUGUGUGAAGAUAUUGAAGAACUGCAAGAAAGCAAUACCAGAGAAAGGUGGGAAAAUAAUUGUAGUGGAAGUUGUUUUGGAGGCACAAGGAGAUGAACUUUUGGAUGAGAUUGGUUUGGCAUUUGAUCUGCAUAUGAUUGCACAUUCCUCAGGAGGAAAGGAAAGGACAGAGAUGGAAUGGAAGAGGAUUUUGAACGAAGGAGGGUUUCCUAGCUACAAGAUUAUCAAGAUCCCAACCUUACUAUCUAUUAUUGAGGCCUAUCCACAGUGAGAGUCCUGGAAUUUAAUAUAUAUUAGUAGAAUAUUAAUUUGAAAUAAUAAAAAGAAAGGACAUUGUGCAGUAUGUUUAAUAUUGCAAUCUUAGUUUGGUACCGCAUUUUAAUCCAAUAAAUAAGAUGAUGUUUCUGUAAAUAAAUAUAUAUAUAUAUAUAUAUAUAUAUAUUUUCUAGAAA